AUGGAGAUGCAACCAAUAUACUCAGACCCUCCACCAAAGAUUGAUGAGAGCGAAUUAGCAUACAAAGAAAUACAGAAUGCCUUUUACGUUGUUAAGAACAUUAAUGGUCAAAAACUUCCUGAUGAGAAAUGGUUAGACCCAAUAACUAAAGCAGGAGAAAGAUUCAUUAUGUUUAACAUUGACCAAUACAGUCCAAGAGGAAAAGAUUACUUCAACAAGAUGUUUCCAAGAGUUAUGGCAAAGUUCAUUGGACAGAUAGACCUUUUCAAACAGAAGUGGACAUUCUAUUACGACUUUGAUGAGAAGAGAAACAUUUUGCGUCAUUUGAACAUCAAUACAAUGGGAUCAUUAGUUCAUCAGUUACUUAAUGAAGCUCCAAUAGCAGAAGUACAAGAAUUAGCAUCUAAAGUCCUUGAAUCAAACUAUGACUUCUUCCUUUGUAGUAUUCCUUCGUUAAGGAAGAUCGAGAUCUUUGACUAUACAGCUUAUUCAGAUGUUGAUGCUUCUGCUUUGAGAAAAGGAACGUACACACCAUAUAAACUCACAGCUGAAGAACAAGUUAUGUUAGAUACGAUGAGAGCAGCAGGUCAAGAAAAGAUCGCACUCAAGAUCAUCAAACAAAACCAUUCAAAGAAGAGAAACAGGUCACGUAAUGGUCAGCUUUGGACAUGGACAUGCAAAUUACCUAUUAACUUAGAGAGGUAUCAGAUCUUCAACGAACUUAAUGCAGAGACAGCAAAGAAGAUGAUGAAAGAUUCAUGUUUCAUCUACGCUUGUAUUCAAGCUGGUGUUGACGAAGCAACAAUUAAUCAUAUGAGGGAAAUCAUUCGUGUCAAAGAUUUUCCAAUGUCAAAGAUUAAGGUUAUUGCCAAAGAAACAGGAAUAAGGUUCCAUGUCAUCAAAUACAACGAGAAGUAUUCAAAUCAUUCAUAUACUUAUGAACCAGAUGA